CUAAUGAAAGGUGGACUCGGGAUCUGGAUUUUUGUAACAUAAAGCAAGCAAAAGAUAUUUUAAAAGCUUGGACCAGAAUUAAUGCUCAUAACCAUAAUAAACAAACACUGCCAUUUCUCAAUAACUCGGUCUCUUCCAUAUUUUUGCUAGCAACAUCUAACAACCGACCUUGCCUUUUUAGACUCUGUUUUUCAUCCUUGUAUAUCAACUUUAACAUCUCUGAGAGUAGUAGCAAAUUACAGAUAUUGGCAUAUCUUGUUGAUAGCACCAUGGACGGUUCCAAGUCAGUGAUGGAGGAUGACUUUGAAUCAACAACCUUGCAUUCAGCUCCAUCAUUUGCAAUAUACAACAACCCUGAUGGAGAUGAUGGCAUCACCCAAGAUGAAAUUUUGAAGAAAACUGUUUUGUUGGGAGACAAUUUGGAAGUCACGGGCAGUGGUGAGUUCAGUUUUGAGAACAAGAAGAUGGAUUUGAUUGAGGAAGGUGAGAAUGAGAAUGAUUGGUCCAAUGGGAUUCAGAAUUUGAGUAUUGAAGAGGAAGAUGUUGAACCAGCAAGUCCUCCCAUGUAUCUUGCAUCAGGGCUUGGGGUUGAUGCUGACGCAGGAUUUGAUAAACUCAUGGAUGGUGAUAUAUUUAAUCCCAACUUGCAAGAAAGUGAGGAUCUUGAAGGGUAUUACAAGAGGAUGAUUGAUGAGUAUCCCUGCCACCCUUUGCUUCUCAAAAAGUAUGCGCAGCUUUUACAAUCUAACGGAGACCUUCAAGAGGCUGAAGAAUACUUUCUUCGUGCUACCAUGGCAGAUCCUAAUGACAGUGAAACCUUGACGCAGUAUGCGAAGCUAACGUGGGAGAAUCAUCGUGACAAGGAUACAGCAUUAGUCUAUUUUGAACGUGCAGUUCAAGCUGCACCUCAAGACAGCCAUGUUCUUGCAGCAUAUGCUAGUUUUCUCUGGAAAGUCGAAGAUUUUGAGGAUGAAGAUGGAAAACAUGAAAUUCAGAGUGAGAUGAAAAAUCAAGAGACCGAACUUUUGAAGCCCUCCAAAGAAACAAGUGAUCCAAUCAGCCAACUUUCAGUUCUUUCAAGUAGACAGGAGAUUGAUGCAGCACAAAUUACAGCAGCUAAUAGUGGUGACGAAAGUAAUUUUGAAGAUUAUUUGAAGAAGAUGAUUGCUGAAAAUCCAAAUAAUCCUUUGUUUCUGAAAAAGUAUGCUCAGUUUCUGUUGCAGUCCAAGAGAGAUCAUCAAGAAGCAGAGGAUUACUAUUCACGUGCAAUAGUAGCUGAUCCCAGUGACGGUGAAAUUAUAUCAGAAUAUGCCAAGCUAGUAUGGGAACUUCAUCAUGAUGAGGAAAAAGCUUCAUUUUUAUUUGAGCAAGCAGUUCAGGCUACUCCAGGGGAUAGCAAUGUUCUGGCAGCAUAUACGUCGUUUCUGUGGGAAACAGAUGAUGGGGAAAGCUGAAAUUUAGAGGCAGAGCCAUGUUCAAGUGAUAUUCUGCAGAAAAAGUUGCCAAAUAAAUUCUUGUGGCUUCUGGUGAAUUAAGAAACCGCACACAAUCAACACAUCUAAGGAGAAGGCUCAACUCAUCCACAAUAAAGAAAACCAUAUUUAUUUACUAACUGCAUUUUUUUGGCCUUUAUUUUUCUAGAAUGACAUGUAUCUAAUGUUGCAGCAGGACAAUAAUAGCUUACGAAAUGAUUUAUGAUUAUGUUAAAAAAACUCAACUAGUUAAGAGAAAUUUCUUUCCCUA